AUGCGGCCUGUUCCAAAUGUCCCAAGAGAAAUGAUUGAUGAAAUAAUCAGGAAAAAAAAAUUAGAAGUGGCCGCUCGACAAAUAAGUGUUGAAGAUGGACCUUCAUUGUCAGCCCGUUUUGCUAAUCUAAUUGGAAUUUAUUCAGGCGAUGAUACUUCCACUACUACUACAACAAAAAAUGAUAAAAAAAAAUCAACAAUUUUAUCAAAAAAUAAAGUUAAUGAUAAUGAAGAAGAUAGAUCAAUAACCACUGCCACCAAUACUAACAAUAAUGCUACUAAAACUAAUACCAAAAACGACCCUAAGAAUUCUAAAAAUAAUCCUAAUGCUACCACCACUACUAAUGAAACCAGUAAUUCAGAGAAUAGUCCUUCUAUAACCAUUGACACAAAUGUUAAUCAUGUGAUUCAUAAAGAACAACGAUACAUGACCAGAUCACCUGCUUCACCACGUCUAAUAAAAAAAAGAGCAAUUAUACGUAGAGCAAAUUCAAGGAUUGUUCCAGUUCAUACAAAAUAUUCAUCAGAAAGUUCAAUUGACUAUCAAAGAUCCAAUAAAAAAAAUGAGGAGAAAACUGAUGAGAUAUCUAAUGAAUUAGAAGUGAUUAAUACCCAGUUUCAAGAAACAUUGAAUCAAUUCUCAAAAAGGUAUCAAGAUUCUACUGUGGCACUUGCUGAGAAGUCACAUCUUCUAAAAAGGAAUCAAGAAUUGAUGCAUGCUAUUGCAUCUAAAGAAGCUGAAAUAGAAUAUUUAAAAGGUGAAUUGUGGGAAGCAGGAAAUAAAAUACAAAAUUAUGAAUUUGAUAUUAAAGAUUUGAUUGAACAGCAACAUGAACCAUUGGCUUUAACACAUGAGGAUUUGUCAAGAAUUGAAAGAGAAAUUGAUGAUAAAGAAGCUUUAGUUUCUAGAAGUCUAUUAAAUAGAGUUAAUGAACUUUGUAAAGAAAAUGAACAGUUGAAAGAACUGUUUCAAGAAAAUCAAGUAGUUGUGCCAGAAAUGGAAGGAUUGAAAAAAGAAGUGAGUGAUUUGAGAGAUAGAGAAACAGAAGAUUUUAUUAAAAUAGAUGAAUUAGAGCGAAAAUUAUCUGAAGCAAAUGAAGAAAUUGAACAGAUUAAUUUUUCUAAAACGGCAUCAUUGGAGAAACUGACAGAAGAGAUGAAUAUAAUGAAGUAUACAUAUGAGUCACAAAUAGAAAAAAUUAAAAAAGAAGCUAAUUCAAGAGAGGCACGUGAAACUAGAUUUAGGAAAUUACAGAAUGCACUUGAUAAGGUAGAAGAUAUGGCUAAUAAUAGUUCACCAGAAUUUGAAAAAAUAUAUAAUGAUUUACGAAGAAUGCGACUUUUGCAACCAAAGAAAAGGCGUAAAUCUGUUACAGAUAUUACUAGUAGUAAAGAUUUAUAUGGAUAUAGCAAAGAACCUCCUAGGUCUCCAACAACAACAGCAAAAUCCUUAAAAAGAUCUACAUCACAAUCAUCUAUUGGUGCUUUACCACGUUCAAAUGUUAGUCGUACAGCAAGUCCAACACCUUCAAUAGUAUCAAAUAUUAGUGCCAAGAGUGGAAGGACAGAUUUAACAGAAGAUGAGGCAAUUCAAGAAUAUAUUGAUGAAUUGAAUGAUAAAAAUACCAAAUUAGAAGAUGAGCUUAGAGAAAUGAAAGAAAAAUUUGAGAAAGAUUCAAAUAUAUUGAAUGGAGAUAAAAAUAAACUUGAGGAAGAAAUUGAAAACCUUAGAAAAGAGUAUAAAGUACAAAAAGAAGAACAUGACCGUAAAAUGCAUGAAAUGGAAGAAUUGUUGUUGGAGAUGCCACCAGAUGCAACUGAAUCCAGCUCUACUGCAAAUGUUAGCAGUCCUGUGCCACCACAACCUAUGCAAUCCAUUACUAACUUAUUAAAUGAAAUAGAAACCAAACAAUCAAUUAUUGAAGAAUUAGUAGCAAAAUUAAAAAGAAAAGAGGAACAAUUAGAAUAUUAUCAAAAUGCAUAUCUUUUAAAGACAGAAGAAUUUGAGGAUUAUGUUGAAAAAACACAAGCAGCACAAAGUAUAGCAACCACCAAUACCACUACAGCAACAGUAAUUGGUGAUAAUGUGAAUGAUUUAUCAUCACUACCUAUUACCAGUGAUAUUAUGGAUUUGUUUGGAAUUCUUGGAGAUAAUCAAGAAAUAUCAGCUAUUGAACAGCUUAUAGCACAACUGGAAAGAACUAUAGUUGAAAGAACUAUGCAACGAGAUGCAGCACAUCAAAGAGCAACAGAAGCAGAAGCAAAAUUGGUAGCAUUGUCUAGAGAAAAAAUGAGUUGGGGAAGUGGAUAUGACACAUCAGUUAAGAAAUUAAAAGUACAAGUUCAACAUUUACAAGAGUUAUUGCAAAUGGAACGAAAAGCAAAUAUAAGAAAAUUAAAUCGUGAGAACAAUAGUAGUAAUAAACAUGAUAAACUUUGUAAUCAGAUUGAGUUUUUAACUAGAGAAAAUAUUAAGUUGAAAUCGGAACUAAUUAUUUCUGAGGAGAUUAGGAAAUUGACACAUGAUAACACAUUAAAAAUUUUACAAAAAGCAAACAAAUCCAGUUUAAUAAUAGACAAUAGUGACAUAGUUGAAAUAAAAAAAUCAAUCACUGAUAAAGAAAUGGAGAUUAACAUGUUGAAAGGAAAAUGUAUAGGACUUGAAAGUGUGAUUAAGAAGCAACGUGAAUUGUUAACAUCAAUUAUUCCGUCAGUUUUUAAUGGUAGUAAUGAUGGUGGGUAUUCAUUAAAAAAUGUUAACAAAGUUCUUUCCAUUAGAAAGGAAGAGGAAGUUGAUGAUCCUAUAAUAGCUGAAGAGGUAAAUGAAAACAUGUUGAAACAUUUCAAUCAAUUAAAAGAAGAAAAUACAAUAUUUAGAAAAGCAUUCAAUUCAUAUAAUCAACAACAAUAUGAACAACCAAAUCAAAAAUAUAAAACUAGCGGUACUAAUAAUAAUAUAAAUUCAUUAACAGUUGAUGUUCUAACAUCUAAAAUAACAGAAAUGGAAACACAAUUAUUAAAUCGAGAAAAGAAAUUACAAGAAGUUAUUGAUGAGAUCAAAAGACGUGGUGAAGUACAAAUAGAAAGGUUAAAAUCAAAAUGGAAUCUCAAUUCAUAA